AUGGCGCUGAGCCAUGCAUACAUGCACGCGGAAAACUGCCAACACUGGCGCGAAAGGCAGCGACCCCCCAAGCAAGGGGCGCAGCGCACAGGCCGCAGCGCGACAAAGGUGUCCGUCAACAAUGGCAACGCUGGCAACAGCAGCAGUAGCAGCGCGCCAACAGUGGUGCAACAACUGCAACAACAACAACAACAACAACAACAACAACAACAGGCGCCAGAGGAAGAGAAGAAGAGAAAGUUGGUGGACGCGGGUUUGGCGCCAACGCUCCCUCAGCCAAGCACCAUCAGUCCUUCAUCACGAAAUGGAGCCGCAAAGGGAACCACGUGCGUGGAUGAAACAAAUGCAGCUGGCCGUGCAGCCAAUAACAGCACGACAGCGACCAAUGUGUCUCACCUGCUGCUGUUGUUGUUGUUGUUGCGAGGAAACGAUGACGAAUGUCGGAAGCAGCGUGGAAAGCAGCAGCAGCAGCAACAGCAACAGCAGCAGCAUGAACGCUUCUUCGUUGUAAUGCACAGCAUCACCCUGUGUCCGUGGCUUUUGCUGCAGUUGCUCGUAUCGCUGCUGCUGUCAUCAUCGCGUGCUUCUCAUGCUGUUCCACCAUCAUCAUUCCAAUGA